AUGGCUUUGAGCUCAAGAUCAUCAGUACGAAAAUCAUCAUCUAAGGAUUCUACCAGCAACGAAGGACUAAUUGAAGAGCAAAUAGUUAAGCCAAGCGGCGAAGUGACUAUUCGAAGAUAUUCCAAAGGGAAAUUUUUAGGUAAAGGAGGGUUUGCUAGAGUUUACGAACUCACAAGUUUAGAAACUCGCAAAGUCUACGCUGGAAAAGUCGUUGUAAAGGCCUCACUCACAAAAUCCCGAGCCAAACAAAAGUUGAUGUCAGAAAUAAAAAUCCACCGAUCUUUGCGGCAUACAAAUAUAGUCAGUUUUGAACAUUUUUUCGAAGACAAUGAAAACGUUUACAUUUUGCUUGAGCUUUGUCCAAAUCAAACUAUGAGCGAGCUUCUCAGGCGUCGUAAAAGACUGACUGAGCUUGAAGUUCAAUGCUACUCAAUUCAAAUAAUUUCAGCGCUGAAGUAUUUGCAUGCCAAAAAAGUGAUCCACAGAGACUUAAAAAUUGGAAAUCUGUUUAUCAGUGAAAAAAUGGAAAUCAAGCUAGGCGACUUUGGAUUGGCAAGUAAGCUUGAAUAUGAUGGCCAGAUGCGAAAAACUAUAUGUGGGACGCCAAAUUAUAUUGCGCCUGAAAUUUUGGAUGGGAAAGAAGGCCACAGCUAUGAGGUCGAUAUCUGGUCGUUUGGGGUUAUCCUUUAUACACUUCUGAUUGGAAAACCCCCUUUUGAGACCAAUGACGUAAAAAAGACUUAUAACUUGAUCAAAAUGAAUGCUUACUCAUUUCCGGAUUCAGUAAGAAUAUCGGAACAAGCUAGAAGCUUGAUAACUCGAAUUUUAAGGACUGAGCCUUCCAGAAGGCCAAAUCUUGAUGAAAUAUUAGAGCAUGAUUUUUUCCAUAUGGGACACUCAAUCCCUCAGUUUUUACCUAUAAGUACACUUGCAGUUCCUCCCUCUGACAAAUACAUUAAACAGUUUUUGCCUUCAUCAAUGGGGACUCAGCAGCAGCCUACUACAGAUACUGCUCCAUUAAAGCUUUCUCGCAACACCCUUACACUUACUUCUCCCAGAGACAUGGCAGCUUCUCUAAGACCUAAAACCCAUGGCACCCGAAACUCUGUUGAAAACACCCAAAGGACCUUAUCCCCCAAAGUCACUGAAGUCGCUUCAAUCAAAGCAAAAAACGAGCCCCAAACCCAAAACAUUUGGGUGAAAAAAUGAGUUGACUAUUCAAGCAAAUACGGUCUUGGGUAUAUUUUAUCAAAUGGAUGCGCAGGAGUCUACUUUAACGACUCAUGCAAAAUUAUAAUUGAACCGAACUCAACACAAUUUUAUUAUGUUGAGAGAACAACUGACAGAAGAGACAUCAUUUUUUCUUAUUCCCUUGACAAUUACCCUAAAAGCCUUCACAAAAAAGUCGCUUUGCUACAGCAUUUUAAGAAUUACUUGGAAACUGAAGGGGAUUCUCCAGUAGCCCAAGAGCUACAUUUUUCCAACGAAAAUCCACCUCCUUAUGUAAAAAAAUGGAUGAGGACGAAGCGUGCAAUUUUGUUUAGGCUUUCUAAUAAGAUUGUACAGGUGAGCUUCCAGGAUCAGACUGAAGUUAUUCUGUCAAGUGAAGAAAAAGUAGUGACUUAUGUUAAUAAAAAAGCUGAAAGAAUCACUAUUCCACUUGCAGAAGCACUGGAAAGCACACAUGGGGAAAUGGCGAAAAGGCUAAAGUAUACACGAGAUAUUUUGAAUUAUAUGAUGAAUGGACAAGUUAAUGGAGGAACUGGAAGUCCGACAUAG